AUGGACGAUAUGAUGCCCGAAGCUGUCGUCUUCUCGGUCGAUUUUUUCAACGCCUUCUACAUCGCAACUAGCAUGCAGAACGCUUCAUCUACGGCAACCGUCGUCAUUAUCAUGGUCGUUGAUCUUUUCCACACGUUCUACGCUCUGAAAAAUCUCCAACGACGAGCGUCCAGUAUUAUGAAGAAGCUCCACGAGGACGACCAAAAGCUGCUUGACGUUGCUUACUUGCUCCUUCGCACUCAAAAACUAGAGAGUAUCAACAUUGCUCACAUUCAGAUUCACUCAUGGGUCGACUUUACCUUCGAGUUUGACUGGGUAUAA